AUGAAAACUUUCCUGAUUGCUGCUGCUUGCUUCGCCGUGGCCGUUGCUGGCCCCGCGCGCUUUGUACCUAUAGCCGUUGGACCCGCAUUAGUCGGUGGUGACUCCCACCCCAUCAAUGUCGGCCCUGCCAUCAUCGACCCUAGCGAAGAAUUCCACCCCAUCGAUGUUGGUCCUGCCAUCAUCGACCCUAGCGAGGAAUUCCACCCCAUCGAUGUUGGCCCUGCCAUCAUCGACCCUAGCGAAGAAUUCCACCCCAUCGAUGUUGGCCCUGCCAUCAUCGACCCUAGCGAAGAAUUCCACCCCAUCGAUGUUGGACCCGCAAUCAUUGAGCCCGUCGUCCCCGCCGUGACCUCUCCUCUAGUCCAGAUCACCAUCAACGUCAACUCUGGCUCUGCAGACUCCGUGACCGUCGACAACGUUGGCGAGAUCGAAACCUCACCCGUAAUCAUCGACAACGGCAGCGACAUCGAUCCCUCCCCCGUCAUCGUCGUAGACAAACCGGAGACCGUCGUAGUAGCUCCUAUUGACCCCGUUGUCCCCGUCAACGUUCCCGACACCCUCAACUAAAGUAUUACUAAACGAUGUAAGGAAAGGUUCACAAUCAGAAGAUCUUACGUAAUCAUUGUGAUAUAUGAUGUAUUAUGUGUGUGAAUAAAAAUGUACUGCUAUGUUUUAAAUGAACAAUUAAAAUUGCAUUUUCAUAAGUA